CAGAUAUCGAUGAAUGCACCCUGAACCUCGACAGCUGUCAUGCUCAAGCCACGUGCGCAAACACCGCAGGAUCAUACACAUGUGUGUGUAACACAGGUUGGAGUGGAAAUGGAAUUAAUUGCGUUGGUAAGUAAAGUACUUUCCUUUCACAUAAAACCAGUACUAUCUCUCUUUUGAUGAACAUAUAGCGCACCAGUUUCUUACGAACAGUAGUGCAUUUGUGGUUAAAAAAGGCCUUUUCAAUAUUCUCAUGUUGAAAACAAUAAAAUAUUAUGAGUUGUGGAUUUAAUUCUUGUAUUUUUAUAGGACACGUAAAAUGUGUAGAUGAACAAAAUUAUAAAUUAAAAAUGUAGGGUUAUCUUCUACCCAAUUCUUUGGACAACAGGUCGACGGUAGUUAACACAUUUUCCUUUGCCUAGACAAGCUAAAAACAGUCAUUCUUCGAGCCAGUUGAAUAAAUUGAUUAAUCUAUAUUGACGUCCCAUUUUAAACUUGUCAGCAAAAUAAUUAUGCACAAUGCAAAACUAAGAACUUGCCUAUGUUACUCCAGGGAAAUUUACUCCUCAGUAGAUUAAGAACCUGUAGCGGGAACGUAUUUAUUAAAAGUUGUUUUUUUCUAAUACUUGUUAUAUAUAGGUUAACAAUUAAUUUUCAAAUAUUUUUGUUUCAUAGAUGUGAAUGAAUGUGAUCUUAAUAGCGAUAAUUGUGAUGCCGACGUGCGAGCUACAUGUACUAACACUCCUGGAUCUUUCACCUGCGCGUGUAAAGCUGGAUAUAGUGGAAACGGAAUUACUUGUGUUGGUUGGUACUUCACAUUUCCUUUCAUGUAGCAUGGAUAUCGUAAAAUUUUCGUACUGUCAAUAAUUUAUUACUCAGUUAUCUGUAGACUGCGUGAUUACCAUAUUUAGUUGUAAGGUAUUGGCCAUUCAGGAAUGACGAUGAAUAAUGAUAUUCAAAAUGAUCAAGACGAGUACAUUUAAGGAUUACCAGUAAUUUUGCCACAAUUGCCCGAGACGCCGAGUGUUGUUAUUAAUACAUCUGCUUAUUAUUUGCAUGAUAAAAUUACCAACUUCACUCACAUGCAUGCCGUUCAUUUCCAAAUAUUUAUAUCGAUAUUUUUUAUAAAGCUCCUGAAAAAAAAUAAAAAUUGAAACUGCCAUUUUGAAUGUUUUUGCUCAAAUUGUUUCCCAAGCCUCACUCCUGAUUUAGAACACAAUUAAUAAAAUAAUUGUACUCCUCUUACCAAUCAGAAUUCAGUAAUUCUGUCAUUCAAAUAAUAAUAAAAUAAUUAUUUAUUAUCUUUAAAGAUAUUAACGAAUGCACACUCGGCAUUCACAACUGUGACGGUCAAGCAACAUGUGUUAAUACCAUUGGAUCAUUUAGUUGUGGUUGUAACGUUGGUUUUACAGGAGAUGGAGUCACAUGUGUAGGUAUGUAAUCUGAAUUACAUCUGUAUAUAAUAUUCCUACAAUGGGUGCUGAAUUUUACUUUGGUGUACAAGGUAACAUUAUAUUGUUUUCAGUUCUUUACAUACAAUAUGUAGCUAUAUGACUAUAGCACCAUAAGUCAUCAUCACCGCUAUGUAAUUGGAUGAAUUUGACACAUAAAUUUUCUUACAAAUUUGUAAUUCUAUACUUUAUCCUAACUUGGCGAAAACGUUUUGUCCUUUAAGUGCCUUGAUAUUUGGUGCAUGCCACGUAUACUGUGUAAGGAAUUCUAUAUUGAGAGAUUUUUAUCAAAUAUAAAUUCACGCAACGCAUUGUAUUAGUGACGUGAUAUGUAUGCGUAUGGGUUUGUAUAAUUCGACUAUCUCCUUAAAAUACGUCUUCUUUUCUAUUUUUAUAGAUAUCAAUGAAUGUGAUCUGAACUUAGACAACUGUCAUUUAAAUGCAACAUGUUCAAAUACGAUAGGGUCAUUCUUCUGUACGUGUCGACCGGGCUUUAGUGGGAAUGGAGUCUCGUGUAUAGGUAUACGGCAAACUUGAUUAUCCAUACUAGCCAGCCAGCCAGCCGUCUUCUUGGAGUGGUUUCUUAAAAUUUGGAUGGCGACUUUUACUUAAAAGACAGUCUUUAGAUGGAUGAUUAGAUGUGCUCCCCCUUAAACAGUUUGUGAAACAACAACAAAAAACAACAACAUCAUGGCGAUACAUAAUACGUCUUCGCAUUAGAAGUAUUAUGCAAAAAGUCUUAUUGUUUUGUCGUGUAUCUGAGUGAUGUUGUUUUUUUUCAACCGAGCGUUCUUCAAUAAUUGAUACCGGCAUAUGAGAGCAAUGACAAUAAAUUGUAUAUUCGGCUAACAUCGCAAUGCAACGUGCGAAACUUUGAUGUGAAUGUAUUUCUACGUCCCCCCAAAGAGAUUCACACUGGCCCUUGCACAUGAACACGUGAACAAGAUGAACAUCUUGUCUUGGGCCAAUUUUUGAAUUUGAACAUCAAAAUUCCUGUUUGUUUAGCGACUUUGCAAAUUUAUGAACAAUGUGAUUAAAUGUGAUUUAUCUUGUACAGAUAUUGAUGAGUGCGCACUAGGCACAGAUCAAUGUGAUAGAGUGAAUGGUCGUUGCUUCAAUGUCAAAGGAUCUUACACGUGUACGUGUAACAAUGGUUACCGUGGAGAUGGAAGGACUUGCGUUGGUAAGUAAGAUAUAAAGUAAAGUAUUCGAUCAAUAUAAAAGGAUUCAGAAAACGUUUGUGGUAUCUAUAACAUGAAGUACUAUGUAGAUUAAUGCUAUUAUUGGAGGCUGUUUACAUUAACGUCACAGGAGAGCAGAUGGGGAAGGUAGUGAUCUUUCACGCUGAUGGAAACAAGAAUAUUAUGAUUUUGUCUUUAGUGUCUCCAGCAGAUACUAGACUGCUGCAUAUAAUGAAAUAAUUAACAUUAGUUCCUCACUCUGAUACAUGACAGUUUCAUAUUAGUCAUUGAUGUCCAGACUGCAGAGGGCGCAAAACGGCAAAAGCUAAAUUGAAGGUCAGGAGCGCGUAAUCUUCCCCAGGGGCGGAACAACAGGGUCUGUUAUCACAAUAAAAAUCAAAGCAUUUGGUGCCUUCGCGCAACUUCAUGUCCAGGAAGCCAUUGGUGUAAUUUAUUCUACGGGGCGUAAAAAAUGUAAAAAUGUGUUACAGAAGACAUCCAGGGGCGCAAAAAUGUGUCCCUGAGAGAAUCGGGGACGAUAUUGUCCAACUCUGCAGUCUGGAUUGAUGUCGGCGCAAAUUCUCAUCACAGCUGACAUUAAUAACAACCUAAUUUUUUGGUUCCCGGUUAAUUAAUGUAGAAUAUUGUGCAAAUUAUUCUUUUGUCUGAUUACUUCGGUUGAAUUAUGUUUAGAUAUUGAUGAAUGCGCGGAACAAAUAGAUAAUUGUGACGACAACGCUCAGUGUACAAAUCUUCCUGGUACCUUUACCUGCGCUUGUAAUGCUGGCUUUGCUGGAAAUGGAAGCACUUGUCUCAGUAAGUUCACAUAAAUUAUUUAUUAUUUCAACUCUUAAACAUCUUCGUUCCCAGGGCCUCACGGUCGCGCGCGACUUUCGUAGGCCCUGGUAUACACGGAACCGGAAGUGCAAAAAAAGUUGCAGUAGUUUCUAAAGCGCAUGCUCUUGAAUUGGGACGUUCAGCACCCGUAACAAUUGUCACUGACAAGUAUUACGGAGAAACGAAGUAUUUGUGUUGACAUAUUUUGUUAGAAACAUUUUCCCUAGCGAAAAUUGCUCAACUUCUCCGAAAUAGGAGUUCUCUGAGAAGCCAAUCAGAUCUAUCGCUUUAGUCGUCUAACCCAGAACCUAUUUUUCAACGAGUGACGGAAUGAAAAUGGCUCUGGGGACGAGAAUGCUCUUAAAAAUAUCCAACUUUCCCUGUCAAUCUGCUGAGGCCGGUUGCUCAAAAGCAGGUUAGCUUAACUCUAGGUUAUCCUAGAAUUAAAAGCAAACUGGCCAACAACUUCAGUGCCGUAGCAAGCUCGAUAAUUGGGGGCUCAUAAUCAUAUAUUCGUGUUCUGCGUUAUUAAUUAAUUUCUUUUGAAAUCGAUUGUUUUUAUGGUCUGUCAACACGAAUAUAUGAAUAUGAGCCCCCCCCCCAAUUAUCGAGCUUGCUACGGCACUGAACUUGUUGAUAAACUUGGAAAAGUUUCUUCAAAAAUCUUGUGUGGAUAAAUUAGAAUUUCCAUUUCUGAAGUUUUGUUCAUAAACAUAUGUGCAGAAAUAGAGAAACUAAAACAGCAGGUUAAAUAUUAACCAUGGGUUGUAGCGUAAUCUAGCUUUUAAUAACCGGCACCAGGUCUCCAAACACGACACUUGUUACUAAAUUAAAAUUAAACUAAUCACUUAGGGUCGGUUAGCCAGUUAGCUUUAAUCCUAGGACAAAAUCUUCAAAUCAAUCUUCGCAAUAGCUUAUUUAUAAACAUGGAAAUAGUUUCCCAGAAAUUUUGUCUGGAUCAACGGAAGUUUCAUUUUCUGAACUGAGUUUUGAAAUAAACAUGCAGAAAUGCGCACAAAUUAAAACGGCAGGUUCAAAUUUAACCCAGAUUUAGCGCUAAUCCAGCUUCGAACAACCGGUCCCUAGAGCUUAUUGUGUAACAUUCAAGUUAACAAAAUCAUGAUGAUAGUAUGUAAAGCUUAGUUUUUGUUAGUUUAUAAUUUUCUUUUGCGAUUUCAAAAUCUUAUAUCUUGCUUAUAGACAUCAACGAAUGUGCUCUUGGCACUGACAACUGUCAUGUGAACGCCACGUGUACAGAUACCAUUGGUUCGUGGACAUGCCAAUGUAAUGUUGGAUUCACCGGCAAUGGGGUUUCUUGUAUAGGUAAAGUAAUUCACAAGAUAUAUUUUUUUUAUUAACUAACUUUAGUGGAUAUGACUUCGCUUCGCAAUUUCUACGUUAACAUUAAAGAAACUAUAAUUUAUUGAAAUUUGGAAUAUUCCCUUUAUUUUCCCAUUUCAUAUUGUCUUUUAUUUCGACACGGGAUUAAACCAAAAACUUUGGACUUUAUCCAAGUAUAUUUUUUCUCUUCUUAGACAUUGAUGAAUGUGCCCUGGGUAUCGACUCAUGUAGUGAUGAUGGUAUUUGUGACAACAACAUUGGAAGUUAUACUUGCAGAUGUAAAGCUGGUUUCAGUGGAGAUGGAAGAACUUGCACUGGUAUUGUUUUAAUUUCUUUACAUUUAAUGUUUUUGUUAUGAUGAAGCACCUAAAACAAACGAACAAACGAACAAACGAAUUUUGUGACCACAUUCUGUUUCUCAAUUUACAGAUAUCGACGAGUGCUCUCUAGGGACACACAACUGUCAUGUCAACGCAAAUUGCAUAAACACAAGAGGAUCUUUCGUAUGUACUUGUAAGACUGGUUAUGAAGGAAAUGGUGUCACUUGUAUAGGUAUGGCUGCUUUGCCAAUUAAAUUUAUAAUAAGUGGGAAGUAAAGAAAGAAAGAAGAAUAGAGGUCGCUGCUUUUAGUGUUGUCAAUUUGAAGCGGCAAAUUUACCAUUUUCUGCAGUAGAACAUUACUAGUCAACGGAUUGCCAAAGAGGAAAAAAUUUCCCGCGUGAAUCAAACAUUAUAUUUUCCGAAUUACUUUGAUAACAUAGAAAAGUUGUGCUUGACAUAGGUAUUGUGAAAGGAUAAAAGCAGUAUAUAUGUUCGUAACAUAUACAGUAUACUGAAGAUAUACCCAGCUAUUACAUUCAGUUAAUUUGCUUUAAUUUAAUUAAUAUAUUAUUUUCUAUGCAGAUAUUGAUGAAUGUACGCGUGGAACACACAACUGUCCAGGUUUCUCAACUUGUCUUAAUACACCAGGAUCAUUCAUUUGCCAGUGUGUGAAUGGCUUAAGACUCGUUAACGGCACUUGUGUAGGUAAGAAACAGGAAUUAUGCAAUACUAAUGACUAUAUGCAGUAUGUGGUAGUAAGGCUAUAUGCUUAGGCUAAAGUGUCGCCACAAAAUAUUUAGUCUGAAAAAUUUCACUAUACACAUGCAGUCAGCAAAAUCUAGGAAAUUUGUAGCACUUUCAAGUAUAUAGCUAUGUGGUACUUAUUUAAUCUAAAUUGUUCCUGGUUUUAUUUUGAAGAUAUUGACGAAUGCAACUCUGGAUUACAUAAUUGUCACGCGUUUGCCGCAUGUUCCAACACCUUUGGAGGAUUUACUUGCCAGUGUAGAACAGGAUAUGCGGGAAACGGAACUUUCUGUCGAGGUGAGGUGGGAUGUGGGGCAAUUUGAAGAUACAUGUUAUAACAACAAAAGGAUUAUUUGAUACCUGAAAUAUUGAGUUUCUAUAUGCAUAUUCACUUGUUAAUGAACAUCAUAUAGUAUACUAUAUGAUUCUACUAAUAAAUAAUAGUGUAUUAGUGUUUGAUAAACAUUGGCAAAAAUUACCGUCAAUAAUUUCAUUUUCGCCGGUAUUAUCGGUGGAAAUUGCCUUUUGCAAAUGGCGGGAACUGCGAGGAUUGUAAUUAUGUAGCUAGCAUUUGUUGUCAAUGUUGUUCUUAUUGGUUAUUUUAUGAUGAUGAUGAUGGUUUGUUAUUUUUGUUGUUUUGCCGAUGUUUCUGUUCUCUUCAGUUGUCCUGUUUAUAUUGCUGGUUUUGCUUUUGGUGACGGUGAUCUUGUCAUAUAUGCACAUGUAUAAUUAAAUUUUUUUGUCAUGUUUCAUAUUAGACAUCGAUGAAUGUGCGGCCAAUACUGAUAACUGCCAUGUUAAGGCAACUUGCACGAAUACGAUUGGUAGCUACACCUGUCAAUGUAUCACGGGUUAUGAAGGGAAUGGCACCCAUUGUGUUGGUAAGUUAUAUGGCUUAA